AUGGAGGAAGAAGAAAUGGUCCUACCCUUCAAAGACAGAAUCUCCUCCCUAGAGGAUUCCAGCAGCUCUGAGGAGGAGGAUGAAAAAAUGGAAGAUAAAGAUAAUGGACAAGAUUCCCCCGGAUUACUUAGGGAAGUCAGACUGAGAAGUACCAGCAUGCCUACAGUCACAGAGCUCUGGCCACAAUUUCGUCAAGAAAAGGCUCUUCGUUUUCUCAGACUCUUUGAUAAUCAGAAGACACCAACCAUGUGGCAGAGGGUCAGAAGGAGAAUGAGAAGGAAGAAACUAAAGAACAGACAGAAUCCUUCAAAACCUAUCCAAGGAAGCCCCCAGAUAGUAAGGCCACCAGGCCCCGAGGAAUGCCUAACAGAUGAUGAGAUAAAAAUGAAGGCUCCAGUGGCUCCUCAGCCUGACUCUCAAUUGGCUGACUGUUCCCAGGAUUCUCACUUAGAGGUGGCCCCAUGGCGAUAUGGGCCUGCCAAACUUUGGUAUGACAUGCUGGAGGUCUCUCCCCAUGGGAGAGGUUUUGAUUAUGGAUUUAAACUUAAAGAAAAAUCACAAGAAGAAGAGGCCACAACCCAAACAGACCACCCUUUGCUGAAUAUUGAAAACUUUUUGAUGGUCACCCAAAAAACCUGGGAAGAUGAUAUCAUCUGGGAUAUCAGAGAUGUCCAAGACUCCUCCCCUCAUGCCCAGAAAGUAUCUCAUGCAGGAUGGAUUCCCUCUCAGAAUAUCAGAUCAUUUAAAGGAGGUGCCUGUGACCAGUCUCAGUCUGGUGGGUCCCUAUUUGUCCCUGAGAAUGAUGACCUUACUUAUAGCCGAUGGGAAGAUGAUAUUAUUUGGGAUGCCCAAGCCAUGCACAAACCACUGUAUCCUACAGUUCCAACCAUUGAUCAAGAUGACAAGAACCUCAUGUUAUUUGAUAUUGAGGAGCCUAUAGAAGUAGAGACUUCAUCCCCUAAACCAUCAAGCCAGAAGGGUAAAAAUAUGCCAAGAUGUGACAUGACUGAGCAGACUCCAGCCUGCCUGAAAGCCAAAGACCCAUGGAACCUGUCAAAUGAUGAAUUUUACUUCCCCCAGCAGCAUGGCCUCCAGGUUUCCCUCAAAAUCCCUAUAAUCCAACAUUCUACUCCAGCACUGGAGCUACACUUCAGGCUCUUUCCUACCCACAUGGGAGUUGAACAACUCCGCCUAUUUCAUCGGCCACCACUCAGGUGGUUGGGCAGAGGACCUCAUCCUGUCCACAACUUGACUGUUCACAUCCGAAAGAAAGCCCAGAAACGGGAGCAGGAGCUACAGGCUUCAGGGGGAGGUCAUAUGUUUUUCAUGAAGACAAUCCAGGACCUGAGUGGAAAAGAUGGAGAUAUUGUUCUGUUUGAAUGGAGUGAGGAGAAUCCACCAUUGUUGAGCCAGGUUGGAAUGGCUUCCCAGAUACAGAACUAUUACAAAAGGAAAAUUGGGAAGGACUCUGGACCUCCUGCCUAUAAAUAUGGGAACCUUGUAUUCUGUUCAACCUCACCCUUCUUGGGACAGCUCCAAGCUGGACAGUUCUUACAGGCUUUGGAGAAUAAUCUUUUUCGGGCUCCCAUCUAUGCACAUGAGAUGGCAGGCACAGACUUCUUGGUUGUGGUGACAAACACAGGCUGUUUUCUGAGGGAAGUGAAGGACAUAUUUGCCAUCGGGCAGCAGUGCCCACUGGAUGAAGUUCCUGCCCCCAAAUCAAAAAUGGCAAAGAAUUACAGCCAUACCUUCCUCCAGGUUUUUAUAUACAGACAGUUUCAGAACAGCCCUUUCAGACCUCGGAGGAUUCGCAUGGAGGUCAUCCGCAAGGCCUUCCCCACACUUUCUGAGACUAGUAUCAGAAGGAGGCUUGUUAUGUGUUCAGAUUUCCAUCGGUCAGGGAUCUAUUUUAAUUGGUGGGUACUAAAGGCUCGAUUUCGCCUGCCAAGUGAAGAGGAGCUGAGGGUCAUGAUGACUCCAGAGAAAUGUUGUGCUUUAUAUAGCAUGCUGGCUGCCCAGCAGCGUCUCAAGGAUGCUGGCUAUGGGGGAAUAUCUCUCCUAGACACGGAGGGGACCAAUGAUGACAGCACAUAUCUGGAUGAUGAGGUCCAGGCGGCCCCAUGGAACACAACUAGGACCUUCCUAGCAGCCACUAAGGGGCAGUGCCUCCUGGAAGUGACAGGAGCGGCUGACCCCACAGGCUGUGGGGAGGGCAUCUCCUAUGUCAAACUCAAGCAGGAGAACAAAACCCAUACGGAUGUGGGGAGGGUGAUGGGCACUGAUGCAGACCUCCGACGUCUUACCCUGAGAGAAGCUCAGAAGUUCCUGAGGACAUUUGGGGUCUCCGAGGAGGAGAUCAAGAAGCUGUCCCGCUGGGAGGUGAUUGCAGCUGUUCGAGCCUUGUCUACCGAGAAACUCAGCUCAGGGGCCAAGCCUGGAACCCUUACCAGAUUUGCACGGAUGUCCCAGUCCUUAGGAGCAGAGCAGCAGAAACACUUCCAGCAAGAGGUUCAAAGAAUUUUUGACCUCCAAAACAGGGUCCUAGCUUCUACUGAGGUGCUGUCCACAGACACAGACAGUAGCACAUCAGAUGAAGAAAAUGGUCAGAACAUAGACAAGAUGUGUCAUGAAGUGGAGAGCUUGCUGGAUGGUAAGAUGAACCCUAAAAGGCUGCAGAGACAGAAGGAAGAAGAGGAGUACCAGGAAAUGAAGCGACUGAUGCUUGGAGAUGGAAACACUCACCUUCAAGACAAAAGCAAGGGAAAAAAGCAGGACAGUGACUCACCCACCUUGGAUCCUUCAUCUCUGAUUAUCCACCGAACAUAUAUUGAUGAUUCUGGCCAGAAGUAUGAGAGGAGUGAAAUAGUCCAGGACCCAGCAGUGAUCAAAGCAUAUAUUCAUGUGAGGACCACCAAAAGUGAGGAUUUCAUUCGGCAGAUCUCUCAACUAGAUGAGCAGAAACAACAAGAAUUGCGGAAAGAGAAGAAGAGACUCCAAGAUAGAGUUCGUCGAAUGGAAAUAUCAGAAAAAAUGAAAGAAAAGAAGGCACAUCUUUCCCCAAAGAAGCUUCUGAAGCCAGAGACCCCCAAACUGAAUCUAAUAUGUGGUGCCUGUGGAUCUAUUGGCCACAUGAAGACAAACAAGAUGUGUUCCAAGUACUGCCCACCCAAGGACCUGGCUCCCAGGCUCAGGGCCAUGACCAAGGAGCAAGAGGAAAGGGAACUGGCUAGACGACUCCCUCAGGAUUCCCUUAUCAAAAUCCAAGGAACGAAAAUGUUCAUGAAGAAAAAGCUAGUGGAAGUCAUACAUGAAGUCCAAAGGGAGACUAAGAAGAUGGUGAUUGAGAAACAAACCUUGCCCCACAAGAGCCAGUUCAGCAAACAUCAGAAAAGAGUAUCUAUGCAUAUGGAUCCUGAUGAAGGCUUAAGUUGUAUCAGGAAAUAUAAAGGUUCAACUCAGCCUCGCCAGAAAGGAUCAGAUUUCAUAGACAAGACUCAAAAACCAGUGAUCUCUCCACCAAAGGUACUCCAGGCUCCUCCUCAUGACAAAACUCCAGAGGGCCUGGCCCCAAAACAUCACAUCAGUGUCCUAUAUGAAGACCUUCAAGUUUCUGACACUGAUGAAGAAGAGGAAAAAGAGGAAAUAUAG